AUGGAGGAAGUUGAUGGGAAUUAUAUUGAAUGUUUAAGUUAAGGAGGCUCUUCUCCUUAUAAACCUAUGGAUAAUCUAUUUCAAAUCUACUCUGAUAAAGUUAGCAAAAAAUCUGAAUAAUAAAGAAGGUUCUUUAGUGGAUAAAAACAAGCUACCGAACCAAUUGAAUAAUUGAGUAAUAAUGGUUAUUCGAAUUCUGAGAGCAAACAAAAAACAUAAAACAAAGAAGCUGUUCAAAUUUAGCUUAUCUCAUUUUAUGAAUAAAACCUUCAAAACUUAAAGUAGAUGGUUAUAGAUAAAGAUGAAGAUAUCAAAAUUAGAGAUGAGAAGAUUCUUGAACAAUCAAUUCUUAUCAAUCUCAUUAAUACUUAAUAUAAUAAGAUUCAAAACCUUUUAUAAUAAGAAAGGGAUGAAAUUCUUGUAAAAUAUAUGUAAGCAAUGGAUGAAAUACAAAAUCUAAGUUAAAAGUAUUAAUAACAAUAGCAAUAAUAAUAAUAGUAACUUAUGUCUAUGUAAUAAAAAAUCUAGCAAUAAUUACAAUAAUAAAUAACAUAGCAUUUGCAAAAUUUUCAGGUUCCUAUGGAUUAUGACUCUAAAUUAAUAGAAUUUCAUGAAGCAAAAUAACAGGUUAAUCAUUAUAAGAAUUAAUGCAUUAAUCUAGAAGUAAAAGUCAAAGAAGCAGAAGUAAAAUUAGAAGAUUCGAAUUUAAGAUUGAAUGAAGCUUAUAUCAGAAUAGAUCUAUUAGAAAAAGAAGCAAGGAAUGUCUCAUAAUAAAAUGUAUAUCUAUUUAUUUAACAUAUAGAUUAUGCUUGAUUAAUAAUUUAAAUCAUUAUUAUAACAAUUUGAAUAGUAUUAAUAAAUAUAGAAAAAACAAAGUUAAUAAUUUUAAUUCCGUGAAGCUGCAAGUAUGAUGAGUAGCGUUUAUAGUAAUUAAUCAACUAGUGAAUAAUAAAUUCUUCAAAAUGUAAAUUAGAAUGGUUCAAAGUAUGAGUAACUCUAAGAAAAUGAUAAUUUAAUAAAUGCUUACACUUAAUUUAAAAAAUAGAAUAGUCUUAAAUAAUUCAAUUAGAUGUUAGUUUAAUCUUAAAUUAAAUAACAAAAUGGUAAAUAAGACAAUUAACAAAUAUCAUAUAAUUAAGGAGGAAUUUUAAAUUUUCCAUCUGAUUUUCGCACUUAAUAAUAGAAAGAUUUAGAAUUAUAAUUAACUAAUUAGUUGAAUGAAUUGACUAUAAAAAAAUAAACAUUAGAAAGUGAAUUAAAUAAAAAGAUUAAUGUAUCNGAUUAAAUAUAUAAUAAUCUAUAUAAAAUAAAAUUCAAAAUGGAGGAAGUUGAUGGGAAUUAUAUUGAAUGUUUAAGUUAAGGAGGCUCUUCUCCUUAUAAACCUAUGGAUAAUCUAUUUCAAAUCUACUCUGAUAAAGUUAGCAAAAAAUCUGAAUAAUAAAGAAGGUUCUUUAGUGGAUAAAAACAAGCUACCGAACCAAUUGAAUAAUUGAGUAAUAAUGGUUAUUCGAAUUCUGAGAGCAAACAAAAAACAUAAAACAAAGAAGCUGUUCAAAUUUAGCUUAUCUCAUUUUAUGAAUAAAACCUUCAAAACUUAAAGUAGAUGGUUAUAGAUAAAGAUGAAGAUAUCAAAAUUAGAGAUGAGAAGAUUCUUGAACAAUCAAUUCUUAUCAAUCUCAUUAAUACUUAAUAUAAUAAGAUUCAAAACCUUUUAUAAUAAGAAAGGGAUGAAAUUCUUGUAAAAUAUAUGUAAGCAAUGGAUGAAAUACAAAAUCUAAGUUAAAAGUAUUAAUAACAAUAGCAAUAAUAAUAAUAGUAACUUAUGUCUAUGUAAUAAAAAAUCUAGCAAUAAUUACAAUAAUAAAUAACAUAGCAUUUGCAAAAUUUUCAGGUUCCUAUGGAUUAUGACUCUAAAUUAAUAGAAUUUCAUGAAGCAAAAUAACAGGUUAAUCAUUAUAAGAAUUAAUGCAUUAAUCUAGAAGUAAAAGUCAAAGAAGCAGAAGUAAAAUUAGAAGAUUCGAAUUUAAGAUUGAAUGAAGCUUAUAUCAGAAUAGAUCUAUUAGAAAAAGAAGCAAGGAAUGUCUCAUAAUAAAAUGUAUAUCUAUUUAUUUAACAUAUAGAUUAUGCUUGAUUAAUAAUUUAAAUCAUUAUUAUAACAAUUUGAAUAGUAUUAAUAAAUAUAGAAAAAACAAAGUUAAUAAUUUUAAUUCCGUGAAGCUGCAAGUAUGAUGAGUAGCGUUUAUAGUAAUUAAUCAACUAGUGAAUAAUAAAUUCUUCAAAAUGUAAAUUAGAAUGGUUCAAAGUAUGAGUAACUCUAAGAAAAUGAUAAUUUAAUAAAUGCUUACACUUAAUUUAAAAAAUAGAAUAGUCUUAAAUAAUUCAAUUAGAUGUUAGUUUAAUCUUAAAUUAAAUAACAAAAUGGUAAAUAAGACAAUUAACAAAUAUCAUAUAAUUAAGGAGGAAUUUUAAAUUUUCCAUCUGAUUUUCGCACUUAAUAAUAGAAAGAUUUAGAAUUAUAAUUAACUAAUUAGUUGAAUGAAUUGACUAUAAAAAAAUAAACAUUAGAAAGUGAAUUAAAUAAAAAGAUUAAUGUAUCAAAAAGUGCUUUGGAAAGAAGAAAAAGAGAAUAAAUUGAGCAUGAAUUAGAUUAAAUUUAAGAUUAAAUAAAUAAAGUAAAACUAAAAUUAAGAGAGAAUAAAUUUAUUUGA